AUGUCGACUACUAAGAAAAAAGUGGCUAUCAUUGGCGCAGGAGCCGCAGGGAUGUCAUGUGCUUCCACUUUGGCAAACCAUCCCGACCAGUUCGAAGUGACUAUGUUUGACAUCGAAUCCCACACUGGGGGUCAGGCAACUUCAAUUCCACUCGAUGAAACCAAAUACGGCGCAGGCUGGUUAAAUGAUGGAGUGCAAGGUGGCUCAGCCAUUUUCCGUCACACAUUCCGGUUCUUCCGUCAAUAUGGACAUGAGCCUCAGCCAGUCAAACUUCAAGUUUCAUUUGGCAAAGGACCGGACAGCUUCUGGACCAACGUGUUCCCCAGCCCCCUUGUUGACCAGCAUUCCCGAGAGAUCAAAAAGCUGGGCCGCGUGCUAAAAUGCAUCAAAUAUCUCAUGCCUCUUCUGGGCGUAAUGCCUGUUAAAGUUAUUUUGCGCCUAUUUCGAUUCAGCCGUGAUUUCAGUAACAGAAUGGUCUUGCCAUUGCUGGCAUUGUUUCUCGGAACGGGGAAUCAGACUCCCAACGUAUCAAGCGUGCUGUUGGAACGAUUGUUUGAUGACCCACAGAUGAAACUGUGGGAAUAUGAUCCCGACACAUUAUUGCCCAAUCUACCGUUGAUGUAUACAUUCCCUAAUCUAGGGGACUUCUACAAGGAUUGGGCCGCCGAUCUCCGAUCAAAAGGCGUCAACAUCAGACUCAAUACUUCUGUGAAGAUAAUCAAACGUGGAAAAGAUGGCGUUGUACUAGAAACAGCAAGUAAUAAUGAGGAGACAUCUUCACAGCCAGCGACCACUACAUACGAUGAACUGGUCUUCUGUUGUCCCGCUGAUGAAGCAAAGAAGCUACUCGAUCGACAAGCCACUUGGCGCGAGAAAUGGGUCCUAGGUGGUGUGAAAUUUUUCAACGAUAUCACCAUCACCCAUUCAGAUUCCGACUAUUUCCAGAAAAUAUUCGAAGCCGAGUAUGACCCUGCGUUAUGUGCACAGCCAUCCACCAAGGAACGCAAAGAUCAGAUUUCAUUCGCGGAACAACAACCUGUCUGCCAAAAAGAUGGUUGGCUCGGAUAUCGACCAAUGUAUUACACACAUUCCUUUGCCUCAGACCCUGACAAGAUUGAGAUGGGGUUCGAUUGUACAAAUUACCAACAUCAAUUUCGAGAGAAUCUGGGGGUGGAUCAACCGCCUUUGCCAUUGAACAAGCACGUCUUCCAGACUAUAUUCUUGAACGAUCAACAGCAAGAUCUCUGGACGUGGAAUGAUAUCGACCAGUCAAAAAUCAUUGGCCGAAAAUGGUGGCACCAGUUUGGUCAUAGAUGGCAGCAUUAUUUACGUGUUGUUCCGGGUAUGAUGUUUAUCAACGGCCAGAAUCGAACACACUAUGCGGGUAGCUGGACUAUGGUUAACAUGCAUGAGAUUGCCUGUAUUUCCGGGAUUGCAGCCGCAUAUCAACUCGGCGCAGAAUACGAGACAUUCGAUGAAUUUGCCGAGGACUUUUUUGCGAAAUAUCUACUCGUCUGUCAUGGAACACGGUACAAGAAGAGGAAGCAGAAGCGAACAUAA